UUUUAAGUACUUUAAUUAAAGUUCGACUACAAUGAUCUAAAGUUCGACUACAAUGAUCUUGACAUUCAGUCUCUCUUUUAUUCCCCAAGGGAAUAUCAACAACUUGCAAGACAAGAAAUUCUAUAAAUUUCAAUCUCAUCAGUCUACAACAUUCUUGUAAGCAAACUGCAACUAUGAAGGUUGUUAAGUCUUUCUUUCUUCUUCCUCUUGUGUUUUGAAUUUAUUGUGGUGGAGAUAUGUCCUUGACAAUAAGAGGCACCGCGAAAGCAAGGGACCAACCCUCUUGCAAUGGGUUUUUUUGUCGGAUGGUAUGCCUUCCCAAAUGCAUAUUUGGAGGGUUUUCAAGGGUAAUGGGUAGAAGAAACCAAUACCAGCCAUCGGAAUUACAGUUGCAACAUCCACAACUACUACACCCCCCAGUUGUUCCCGAAGACUGGGCUUUUUUGGUUAGUUUUGAACAGCAAUAUGGUACCACACAUCCAUUUUUCUAUGCAUGUAGUUUUAUGCAGGCUCUAAAGAUAGCAGAGGAUGAGCACAAGCUAAUGUUCAUGUAUCUACACUCCCCAGAACAUCCCUUCACUCCCUCAUUUUGUUCGAGGACUUUGAGUUCAGAGUUGGUAGUUCAAUUUCUUGACGCAAAUUUUGUGUGCUGGGGAGCAAUCGCAGAUAGAGGAGAAGGUUUACAAAUGGCUGCAACUCUACAGCCUGCUAGCUUCCCUUUCUGUGCAGUAAUUGCCCCAGCUGCGGGCAACAACAUAGCAGUGCUGCAACAGAUGGAGGGCCCGAUUGAUCCAGCUGAAUUGGUUGAGAUUCUACAAAGGACAAUGGAAGAGCAAGGGUCAGCUUUUGGCACUACUGUAAGAGGAAGGGAGGAAGAACAUAUGAGAGCAAGGAUUAAGGAAGAGGAAAGGAUAAAGGCUAGGGCUAAGGAGCAAGAAAAGUUGAGGGCUGACCGUCAGUUGCGAGAAGAACAAGAUGCUGCAUAUUUUGUUGCUUUACAGAGAGACCAAGAAAAGGAAAAUCUUAGGAAUGCAAGAGCUCAAAAACCAAUAGAAGCUUCAAAUCAAACAAAUUAUCAGAACCCCCGACAGAUGCAUAGAGAGAAACAACUAGGUAAACCAAGGCAGAGCUCAUCUGUUGGAGAAGCUCAGUACAAAGAAACAAUUACUCAGGGGAAAGAUACUCAGAUAUUGAUUCGUUUUCCCGGUGGUGAAAGAAGAGAGCACAACUUUUCUUGCACAGAUAAGAUCCUCUCAAUUUACAGAUACAUAGAUUCAUUAGGACUACCCGGAAUUGCAAAUUAUAGAUUAAUAUCAAGCUUCCCAAGAAGAGUAUAUAGUUUUGAUCAAAUGGGAAUGACUUUGAAAGAUGCUGGUCUACAUCCUAGAGCAAGCCUGUUCGUGGAGCUUCUUUGACAGCUUUGUACUACUAAUUAAUUGAUGAUGAUGAUGCUCGAAAGUUCCAUACGUACGCAAAUAUAUAAAUUUAUUAGCAGAUGUGGACUAAUCCUAUAUGUAUAUGUUUAGCAUGUCAUCCAUAUAUUAUACAUAAUAUUUUCUUCA